UCUGUCACCUACAAGCUCCUUUUGAUAACCAAACCAGACCUGAAACAAUGAAUACAUCUGUUGGAGAUGUAACUGACAACUGUAGUACCCCCAGAGACUACCAGUUCUACUUCUUCCCAGCCGUCUACAGUCUGGUGAUGGCACUGGGCCUGCCAGGCAACGUGGGAGCCCUCUAUGUGUUCAUCUUCAAGAUAACUCCCCGCACCUCCUCUAACGUGUUUGUCAUUAACCUGGCCCUCGCUGACACCACCUUCCUUUGCACCCUGCCCUUCAAGAUCCACUACCACCGCAACAGCAAUGACUGGGUAUUCGGAAAUGUGGCCUGCAGCAUCACAGGAACACUGUUCUUCGCCAACAUCUACAUCAGCAUCGCCUUCAUGACCUGUAUCUGUGUGGAUCGAUAUGUGGCCGUCGCCUAUCCUCACACUUAUCUGAGGCUCCGGAACUCACGUUGCACUGUACUGGUGAGUGCAGCAGUGUGGGUGGUGGCGGGGGCAGCGGUUCUGGCCUUCAUCCUAGUGGGACCUCUGGACAGCCAGCACCGUAGCUGCUUUGAAAACUUCUCCCAGAAAGAGUGGGACAGGCGUCUGGUGCCAUACAGCAUAUUCAGUCUCGUCGUCGGCUCGCUACUGCCCUCUGUGGUCAUCCUGGUGUGUUACCCUCUGGUGGCACGGCGCAUCGCUCUCAUCCGGACCAACACAGCCCGCGGAGCCCUGAGGGUCAUCUACACAAUCCUCGUUAUCACCCUACUCUGCUUUCUGCCCUACCACGUGGUUCACUUCCUGCAUCUGCUCCGCCGUCUAGGGGUCAUCCAGCACUGUCCCUAUGCAAACGCCAUCUACAAUGCCCGGCGGGUGACAAUGGCACUCGUCAGCCUCAACAGUUGUCUGGACCCCCUGCUCUACUAUUUCACCACCAGUCACUGUAAGUGGAGUCCCUCCAAGGCCAGAUUCAGAUGGCUGUGGGAUAGGAGGACCAUGGGAGUCUACACCAUCGCUGUGAGACCGUGAUGCUUUUGCUUUAGCUUGCUCUGACUACUAAUGAAAUGACAUGCAUUUUAUGUUCCGCUCAUAAACUCUGAAGGCUCGUGGUGAAGCAUUGUUUUCC